AUGUCUUUGACAAUAACGAAUCCAAAGAACUUUGAAGAGUGGAUGACUGUCACUCAGGAGUUGACAAAGGUGAUGAUUGAUGAGAAGGCCAUGCCUGAUCCAGGUCGUUUCCCUUACACUCAGGACAAUUCAAUCGAUCAUACAGAGAUGCUGAAGUUAUUGGUUGUUGGAUUUGUAUCCAUGAUACCAGAAGUUGGUGAUGUUGUUGGUGUUGUAGUAGAUGCCAUAUGGUCUGAUGCUAUUGCACAAGAUAGUACACCUGCACUACUUUAUGAUGGAUUCCGCACGAUCACGAGGAACAUGAUCAAUGAAGCACUGGAGAACGCUGAUCUGGAGUCAUGUACCGCAGAGAUCAAGAAGAUCACAACAGCAAUGAAGAAUUUCUUCCCAGUUUACAACCAGUGGCUGCUCAAACCUCACAAGAAGACUCUACGAGAGUCUUGCAAAGAACGUUUCUCCACUCUCGAGUUCAUAGUGGACAGCAUUGUCAGUGAUGAUGGUACUGAACUCCGCAAGUCAACCUAUGGUGUUACCGAGUUGGGCAUGUUCACAGUGGCCGCAACAACUGAGAUCCUGCUGCUCCAGGAGGUGGUCAAGAACGGAAAGACAUGGGGCUUCACCAAUGUCGAGUUGAAGACGUACAAGGACAAGUUAGCCAAGUACCCUCGCGACUUCACGGACUAUGCUAUCAAGACCUACUACCAUGGUGUCCAGUUGAUCAAGUACCGUACAGCUGAGAACAAACUCUCUGGCUUCAACUCAUUCAACAAGGUGCUCAAGUUCCGAACAUUCUGUUCCCGAUUCGUCUUUGAUGUCAUUGACCUAUUGUCGACAAUGGAUACCAAAUGGCACGUCAUACCUCAACCCCCGCUUUUGUUACCAAGAGUUGGUCGGAGUGCCUGUCAUACCAAAUGA